GAUAAAACCCUGUUUUCGUGAGGUUGCCGCGGUAACAAAAUGGCGUUUACAAGUAUGGUGGAUCCACUCACUUCUGUCUAGUAUGGUGGAUGGUGCUUGGUUGGAAUGCAAAAAUAUCUCUUUUGACUAGAUUAUAAUAAGCCACAAAAGGACUCUUUUCUCAUAUAAAGAAAACACAACAGAAACAUUUGCAUGAAUAGAACAGACACAACAUAAUCAUACAGAGUUCAUUGAGGGACUACACACAGAUAUCUUGGUCCUUUUCAUAUGUUUCUUGAUCAACAGCCAGUGGCAUUGAUAUAGUCUGACCAAGCAAGGAACGAACAAGUUUUUGUACUGCUCGGUUCUAGUCUUGAGAGAUAGAAGUUGCCCACUUCUAAUAAUCUUAAUAAGAAAUGGCCAGUUGUGGAUGCAGAAAUGGUGAAACUGAAAAAAUGCUAUCACAACACAAUGGCUUUGCUUUUGAUAAUGUACAUUAUGACCCAUGGCAAAGGAAAGUGAAAAGUAAACAGACUCAUAAGACAUCCUUAGCUCCACAGAAGGUAACAAAAUGUGCACAAAAGAUAAAUGCUUCAUUCAUUCCUCACACUUCUUCUCAUGUCCAGGAAGAAGAUAAAAAAUUACAAUCAAGAGAAAGAUGUAAAACUUUAGAGGCUGAAAUAAUCAAUGCACGAAAAAGUCUGGAUAUGCAUUUGAAAAGAGAAAAAGAACUCAUUGAAUUAAAUCUUCAAAUUAUUGAUGCUAUUGAAAGUCUUGAGGAUAAAACACAUGCAGAUGUCAAGCAACUUUUACGAAAGUAUGAAAAGUAUAGGAGUGGAAUAGCGACCUUAAAUGCAAAUUUUCUUAACGAAUUAGCAGAAGAAAAAGAAGAUUUACAAAACAGAAAAGCCUUUAUGGAUUCACAAAUUAGUGGUUUAGAAAGAAAAGUUGAAGAACUGAAUGAACAGUUACAAGAAAAACAGAAUGAAUUAAGUAUUUUAAGUACUUAUAAGGAUAAAGAAUAUCCAGUCAAGGCAAUGAUGAUUUCAAACUUCCAGGCAGAAUUAGAUAAUUUUAAAAGCUCUAACCAAGCUGACCAAGAAGAACUGGAGCACAUUAUCAAAACAGAGUUGGGGAAAUAUGAAAGAGAGAGAAUUAAAGUUUCUAAUAACAUUAUUUAUAAAGUUAUUGUGGAAUCUGUUGCUCUGAUGCAUCCAAGUAUUAAAGACACAGCUCUGCAAAAUGUGGUCAUGAAAAAGGAGAUAGAAUUCCACCAGAAACAUCAUGAGGAAAUAACUCAAGCUAACAAACAGCUAGAAAGGGAAAUAGAGUCUUUGUUAAAAAGUCCUAAAAGCAAUUUAAGGCUACAAUUGUUUCCAGAGUUUUUUCCAAAAAGAGAAAAGUGUACUCCUGACAUGGAAUUGACCUUUGACAUACCAACUCAAGACUGGCUUCCAAUUUAGGAAAAUUAUCUAAGGCCUAUUAUUUCAAGACUGGCUACUAAUUUGGUUAUGAACAAAUUAAUUUCUAAAUUUUCUAGAAAGUCAAAGGAAUGGAUGUGUUUGUUUAAUAAAAGUGAAUUAUCUUCUAUGGUACACUCCAUGCUUAUUCUUUGAGAAUGAUCCACUGCUAAGCAGUCAAGAUUUACGGUACAUGUCAAAUAAAGGUAAAAAAAAAAGAAAAACAAUGCCUGCUAACACUGCAAAGGACUAAGAUGUACAGCAAACCCAUAUCAGGUCUCAAAUUAAUAAAAUUCUUUGUUAUGCUACUGAGAAGACCGGAAAAUGGUAGUUCAAUAUAAAAAAAUGUGAGCAUAAAUUUGGUAUUUUUAAUGUUUUCCUUGAAUAUUAAUAUAUUAAAAUUGCUGAAUUAAAAAUGUAUUGCUUAAUUUUUAUGUUGAUUGUAAAAAAAAAGGUCUUUGAACAUGGUACCUUAGUUAUUUAUUUAUUUUGUGGAGUUCAAACAUUUACAAUGUAAAACAGCUUCAAAGUUAUCUUUUUUUUAUUAAAAAAAAAGUAAUUGUGAACAGAUUGGUCUUUUCUGAAUAAAGUGAAGUUUUCAUCAAUG